AUGCCUUUAAUCAAUGAGUCCCAGCACAGAGGCCGUCAGCACCGCUCUGCAGUUCCUCAAGAGUCCCGUCCCUCAGGCACCCUCAGCUCACAUGUUAACAGCCAUGAUGCAGGAGACAGAGAGCGACUGGCCAACAAAGACACUGCUCAGGGUGGGAGUUUGGUGGUGGCCGAGGAGUCGGAUCAGAGCAAUGCCUGCCAUGCCAUCAGUCACCGAUGCACCUUGUCACAGGAAACGCUGGCAGGUGUGUAUAAAUGGGCAAAUUCAUUGCUCGGACAUCCAUUGAUUCAAGUGCUUGUAUGGGUUGUCAUGGCUCUGCUGCCCCUAGUGGCAGGAGGCAGGUCACGUUUUCGAGCAGAAUCCGAAGCUGCGGUAGGAUUUGCUGGGAUGCAGGAGCUGCCAUUAGAGGUUUUUCCAGACGCUGAGGAAGAGCUUGAGGAGGGCAGUGACUCCCCAUGGCACGGUUUGUUUGAGCCAUCUGUGCUCGUCGAGGAUGACCAACAGCCAGCGAGAUGGGAACGUUCCCCCCGCUCACCGGACACUUCUGACAUACAGACCAAAGGUGCGCGCAAAAAAAAGAAGAAAAAAGAGAAGGAGGAAAAGAAAAAGAAGAGCAGCAGGGGUCGGCAUAGCAGCCGGGACUGUCGUGUAGAGAAACGUGAGAUGCGUGUACGGGACCUGGGCAUGGGCUUUGACUCAGACGAGAUUGUCCUUUUCAAGUUCUGCGUCGGCUCCUGCCAGAGGUCUCGUGGGAACUACGACUUGGCUCUGCGCGCUCUGCUGGCCAACGGUAGUCUGCCCAAGCGCACCGCCAGGAAGGUUAGCGCACACCCCUGCUGCCGGCCCACGGGCUAUGAACCCGUCUCCUUCAUGGAUGCUACCACAACCUGGAGAACCAUCAAGUCCCUCUCCGCAGCAGACUGUGAGUGCGUGGGAUGAGGCGAGCUGAAUAAGGGGAGGGGGAGCGUGACCUGCAAAAACGGUGCAAAGAGAGGAAAGGAGGAAUCGGGAAGCCUCCUGGGCCAUGGCUACAGAACGAGGUCGGGCGAGUUGGCCAUGGUGAAGCGCUGUGAGGGAAUUUGGUCUGGCUGUGAGUGAUUCACAACAACAGCUUAUGCAUUCAAAGUUUCAUCACACCAAACCUCGACAGAAAAGCUUGAAUGACGUUAGAAUACGAUUCGACCAAGUCCAAGACCAAGAGAUGACGAGAGACUCUUUGGGCUCAAUAUGGAGAGAGUUUGAGGAUGGAAGAACAGCAACAUCUGAAUGGCUCUAUAAACAAAAACUACAUGUAAUAACUCGACGAGCAUUUGCUUACCAAGAGUUUCAUCAGACUUGGAUACAGCAUGAAACCCUGUUUCAUUUGUCAGACUCCUUUGUUGAUCCUGGAUGUCAGUGCCCAUUUUCCUGGCCUUCAGUCUGGCAUGUAAUAUUUCAGCCAGAUUAGCAACAUUUGGAUCAUUCAUUAUUAACAGCACAUUAUUGUGGUAAUUACAAUGUAAUUGCACAAACAUAUGUGGAGUAUUAUUAAAAGAUUAGCCCGAUAGAAAACACGCAGGCCAGUUAGUAUUACCCAUUCAGGUGGAAGCGCUGAAGGUUGAUUGUAUUUGCAGUAGGUUUUUCAUUUCUCAG